UGUUCUCCCCUCGAACCCUCUUCGCUCUCCCGAACACCGAAAGCCCGAGCCGGCCUCAAAAAGCGAAACCCCCUCCCCCGUGCGCGCGUGUCAAGGACUCAAGGCAGGCAGAGCACGUACCACGAAAGCAAGAAAAGCCAGCCGUCAGCCAUGCCAGCCUCCGGCCCCGUCGCCACGCUCCUCAUGUCCCUGAUCCUCUCCGCCACCGUGGCCGUGGCCGGCGCCAUGAUGGACCCGGCGGAGCGCGAGGCGCUGCUGCGCGUCAUGGAGGCCGUCUCCUCCGACCGCGACUGGCGCUCCUCCUCCUCCUCCGCCGACCCCUGCUCCUCCCCCUGGCCCGGCCUCGAGUGCAAGCCUGCAGACCCGACCACCAAAGGGCCUUCCUCUUCGUCUCCGGCGCCGGCAACUGUGCUCCUCCACGUAACGCGGCUCGACUUCGGUGUCCCGCCGAACCCGACCUGCAAGGCCACAGCCACAUUCCCAUCCCACGCCUUCCUCCCAAGCUCCCUCCCUCACCUCCGCUCCAUCUUCUUCGUCUCCUGCUUCAACAACCCUUCUUCCCCGACGCGCCUCACCCUCCCCCCUGCCGCCAACCUCUCCUCUUCUUCCUCCCUUCUCCAGCAGCUCGGCAUCCGCUCCAACCCUUCACUCUCCGGCACGCUCCCGCCGCAGCUCACAUCACUCUCCAAUCUCCAAGUUCUCACUAUCUCCCAGAACUCCCUCAUCCGUGGCGAGCUCCCUGAAAGCAUCGGCAAGCUCAAAAACCUCGUCCACCUCGACCUCAGCUACAACUCCCUCACGGGUUCCAUCCCGAGCACCAUCAGCCAGCUCCGGAAUCUAGCCGGGCUCGACCUGAGCUACAACUCCUUCUCCGGCCCAAUCCCGGCCACCCUGGGCAACCUCUUACAGCUCCAGAAGCUCGACCUCUGCUCCAACAACCUCACCGGCCCUCUCCCUUCCUCAAUCGUAGCGCUCAAAUCCCUCACCUUAUUAUCCCUCAGCAACAACGGGCUCAGCGGGGGGAUACCGGCGGGCAUCUCGGGGAUGCGCGAGCUCCAGUACCUGAUCAUGGAGAACAACGCGAUGGCGGGCCUGCCGCUGCCGCCGGAGCUGGGGAAGAUGGCGCGGCUGCAGGAGCUCCGGCUCGCCAGCUCCGGGUACUCGGGUCCCAUCCCCGACACGCUCGGGCUGCUGUCGGGGCUCACCACGCUCUCGCUGCAGGAUAAUAACCUCACCGGCAGGAUCCCGCCGGGGCUGACACGGCUGAAGCGGAUGUACCAUUUGAAUCUGAGCAAGAAUGGGCUUGAUGGGGAAGUGCCGUUCGACGGGAAGUUUCUGAGGCGCCUUGGACGGAACCUCGACCUCAGCGGUAACCCCGGGCUGUGCGUGGGUGACCGGGCUGUGGAUGUCAAGGACGUUGGCGUCAGCGUCUGCCAUGGCGGCGGCGGCGGCGAGAGCUCUGACGCCGCGGGGAGCUUGGUCUGGCCUGGGCUGCUGCUCAGGCUUGCCGCCUCCGUGUUGCUCUGCUGCUGCUGCGUCGUCUUCUUGCUCUGAAGUUCUGCGGGAUCGGGGAUUGUUUGGUCUCUUUCUUGUGCGUAAUUGCAUUGAUAGCUCUCUGUUAACCUGUAUCUGUAUGUAAUAUGUUGCCGAUUUGUGCAAAGCCACGGCAUUGCGGCCGGCAAGAAUUCUCAAAGUCCAAACCGGUGGUGCUACUACGGCUGA